AUGUAUAUAUUAUAUGUUUGUCGACAAGCAAUGUAGCCUUCUUUUUAUCGGUUGUUGCAUUCUCUACCCUUGAAACCAUCCACGUCGCUUUAGUUAAGAGCAACUCCUCCAGCCCAACUUGCAGUGGUCUCACAGCAUGCAUGAUUAUCUCUGUAUUUUCUUUUUAUCUGUUUUGGCGUUCUCUAUCCGACCUUCUACCCUCCGUAGCACCUCUCUUGUCCAAUUCGAUCUUGUCCUCCCAUCUACUACUUCAAUUUAAAACUAGCCUUCCUCUCUCUCUCUCUCUUUUGCAUCUCUCUCUCUCUCUCUCUCUCUCUCUCUCUCUCUCUCUCUCUCUAUACAUGGCAAGAAAGCAAGGAGAAGUGAUGUGGCCAAGACUAGUGGCAAACAAGAUUCUACGAAAGCCAUUGGGAAGCAACAACUUUGUGACAGAUUUUCCAGGCAACGACGGUCCGGAUGGAUUAGUGCUGGAAGCACCAAGUUUUGAUCAACCGUCUUCCAACUCUACGUCCACCAUCUUCAAUCAUCACAAGGACACAAACACACACAAGUACAAGGUUUUUGUUAGUACAUGGAAUGUUGGUGGGGUGGAACCACAACAAGAUAUGAACAUCAAGGAUUGGAUUGACACAUCCUGUGACAUCUAUGUUUUCGGGUUUCAAGAAAUUGUUCCUUUGAAAGCCUCCAAUGUUCUGGGGUCUGAGAAUAGUAGCAUCUGCAUGAAAUGGAAUUCCUUGAUCAGAGAAGCUUUGAACAAGAAAACACACUACUACUCCCAAGACAAUUUGAAGCACGACAAACAUGAUCAUGAUGGAAACCCAAAUAUUAUCGAAAGCAGCAAUAAUCCACGGGAAUUCCACUGUAUCAUAAGUAAGCAAAUGGUGGGGAUAUUAAUAUCAGUUUGGGUUCGAAGUAAUAUUCGUCCCUUUAUUCGGCAUCCAAAUGUCUCUUGCGUUGGCUGUGGCAUCAUGGGAUGCCUUGGAAAUAAGGGUUCUGUCUCAGUCAGAUUUCGGUUGCAUGAAACAAGUUUCUGCUUUGUGUGCACUCAUCUAGCUUCAGGAAGCAGAGAAGGAGAUGAGAAACUGAGAAAUUCUAACGUCGCCGAUAUAUUGUCCCGAACAAGUUUUCCUAGAGGCCCUUUGCUUGAUUUGCCACGAAAGAUCCUAGAUCACGAUCGAGUAAUUUUCCUGGGAGAUUUGAAUUAUAGAAUUGCCCUUCCAGAAGCAACGACGCGAUCAUUAGUGGAGAGGAGAGAAUGGAAUGCCUUACUAAAACACGAUCAGUUGAUGAUGGAGCUGAAAGAGGGUCAAGUACUUGAAGGUUGGCAUGAAGGGGCGAUUCAAUUUGCUCCCACUUACAAAUAUUGUCCAAAUUCUAAUGUAUACUAUGGAUGUCGUCCUGGAAACAGAGGUGAAAAGAGGCGCGCUCCUGCAUGGUGUGAUCGGAUAAUUUGGUGCGGAAAAGGAUUGAAGCAACAUGAAUAUGGUAGAGGUAUAUCAAAAUUGUCAGACCACAGGCCUGUGAAGGCAAUAUUUACAGCUGAAGUUGGGGUUUUGCGAACAUUGAAAGGAUACCACAGCUUUUUUCUAUCAGAAAGAUUAGACAAAAUUUCAAGCCAGUUACAAGUAUCCUCCGCCGAUGGUUUUCUAUGUAAAGGUAGCACCAAAUCAAGAAGCUUCAAAAUUUGAGUUAUAUGCAUAAACAAGCACUUAAUUAUUUUGGUUGUAUAACUCGGCGGAUGAAUGUACAGUGAAAGUUGGUUUGUGAAAAGCUGUUUGAGGCAUCCUUUUCGCUUUCGCGAGAAUUUUAUAUAAAUGAAUGAAGGUUUGUUUUGGUCCAU